AUGCUAACAGUGGUCUGCCUUGGCGUCUGCCCCACUCCACCACUGUCCUGCGGCGUCUACCUCGGAGCGUGCCUUGUACCAGGGCUGCGGUCUCUCAGGCUGUCUGCAAACAGACACCAGGCCAUCUGUCCUCUCGCCUUCCACCCAAACACAGCUGCUGGGCUGCAUCCCAGCUCCAACCAUCUGGAGGAGGAACAAAGGCCCCCUCUCCUCACCCUCUCCCUGGCUGCCGAGGGGAGACUGGGGAGUCUUGGCACCCUCUUGGCCUCGGUGAAGAAAGGAAAAUGGAAGAAGCAGCCAGACCUCGUCCUAGGGGCAGGCAACUCCUCCCCCUGGUUCUCAGGGGGCUCGUUACCCGCCUCCCCGGAGCUCUGUCAGCCCGCCCAGCACGAGACGGGGCCUCCAGCCCAGCCCCAUCGCUCUCCAUCCGCGAUCACCGGCGCCGCAGAGGCGCUGGACGGGGGAGGGCCGUGUCGGCGAGGUGAGCCAGACCUCCGGCUGCUCCGUCUGAGCAGCCAGGGACGCGGCUGGGACAGCAGUGUGGAGAGACAGGGCCGAUUGCACUACAUCACUGCAACACCUGCCUUGUGUCUGGAGGCAGCGCUGACAGAGGCGGGGAGAAAUCUAAGUUUAGCCAAUGAGCCCCAGGACCCUGGUUUCCUGAGGCCUCGAGGCCAGAGAGCCCGGCGCAUCCCCGUGACCAUCUCGCUGGCCUCUGUGCAGGGUGAGCUGAGGAUGACUUCCGCGUUUCCCUCUGGGUCCGGCCCAGCCUCCGGAGCGUCGGGCCUGCCGCAGGCCGCUCUCCGCGCCGCUGGCUCCCUCCUGUGGCUCUGGCGGGCACUGCAUGCCGCCGAAGCGAGGCCCGACCUUGGGAGAGCAGACGCCAGGAGGCUGGUGAACCGUCAGGACUCCGCGGAGACUCCCCCUUCCGACGGCAAAGACGCCGCCGCUAGACCGGCAGCUACGGCCGUGUCAGCAAGGCGCGGGUGGAAGGAAAGAGAUGAUUCACCCAAACAGCUGCGGGCCCUGGCCCGCGGGCUGAAGGCCUCCAGGGCAGGUGAGGAGACGUGGGAAGAUCCUCCCUCGAGGACCCAUGAGUCCAGCCACCAUCUGAGGGUGGCUAGAAUCGCAGCCAUGGACGAAAUCCUGAGCCUCGGCAUCGAGCACUGCGGCCCUCAUCAGUCCAUUACUUCCCGGCGGGAUCCCCCUCCAGCACCCGCCUGUGAUUGA